AUGGCCGACUAUGAUGAUCGCACGCUGCACGUGCCUCCACACAUGUCCUUCGCAGCACUGGCGGAGAAGCAUGUUCUUCCUUGCCAUCCAUUCUUCAAUCGAUUGGUCCGAUUAGCACAUGCAGUUCCCCCUCGAAUGUGCGUUCGAGAUGACAAUACGGGCGUGGAGGCGACACAUCUCCAACUUCUCACUGACGCACUUGCCUUUCGGAGACGAAUAUGGCAGAUCCUCGGCGGCCAUGUGCAGAAGGCUCUUGUCCAGAGACAAGAGGUGUAUGUGGCAAUUUUGGCACCAGGGGGAUAUGAGUUCACAGUGGCGAUGGUGGCUGCGUUGGCGCUUGGUGCAGCUGUUGUGCCCAUGACCACUGCACUCCCUCCAGAAGAGGCGUUGUACUUUGUGACGAAGUCGCGAGCUGCGGCUCUGCUGGUGUCGGAUGGUGCCCUCCGCCUGGGGCUAUCAGUGGAGAAGCUGGUCAAGAAUCGCGACCCGCACAGUCCAUUCGUCUGUAUCCCAGUGGCACCCUCGUUGCGCAAUAUGCCACUGAAGCCGGCGGAGAUCAUCGUAUCAUCUGACACGUAUUUGGAUGAUAAUGCCGCCGGCGUUGUGAUUUUCACAUCGGGCACGACCGGUCCGCCCAAGGGAGCCGUGAUGCGGCGGGCCUUCAUAUACGAUGAGGCAAUGGGAGUUGUGGACCAUUACGGCAUCACAACAUCGGACGUGCUCCUGCACGUUCUGCCGGUACACCACGCAACAGGUAUCGGUAUCAUGUUCUUCCCGUUUCUCAUUGGAGGCGCUGUGAUUGAAUUCAAGAGUGGUUCUUUCAGUCCCGAAUGGCUUUGGGAACGCUGGAAACGAGGUGGCACCACCUUCUUUUCUGGCGUGCCAACACUUUACAUGCGAUUGAUGCGGUACUUUGAGCAGAACCUAGCGUUGCGAUCAGAUGCACAGCAGUACAUUGACGGUGCCCGUGCACUCCGUGCUUGUAUCUGCGGAACAUCGGCUCUUCCCAAGACCAUAGCAGAUUGGUGGACGGUUCUAUUAGGACGACAGAUCCUACUGAGAUACGGCAUGACGGAGACUGGAGCGGUCUUCAAGGUCCGCGUAGGAGAUGGCAAGGUGCCAGAUGGUUCCGUUGGCACGAUUCAACCAGGCUCCGAUGUCAGACUAUCUGAAGGCGAUCAGGGAGAGAUCCUCGCCAAGAGUUCCGGCAUGUUCAGCAGAUUUCUGUUUGACGCCGAAGCCACUGCAGCUUCGCAUACCUCGGACGGAUACUAUAAGACCGGCGAUAUCGCGAGGAGAGAAGGUGAAUACUACUGGAUUCUCGGACGCGCAUCAGUAGAUAUCAUCAAGAGCGGAGGCUACAAGAUUAGUGCCCUCGACAUCGAACGCGAGCUUCUAUCUCUGCCGUAUAUCGCAGAGGCCAUGGUCGUCGGUGUUCCUGACGAUGAAUAUGGGGAGCGUGUAGCUGCAGCAGUAGUGCUCAAGAGCGCCGCCGAAAUGCCUUCGAAUACACAUGUCAAUAUCGCAGACGUCGUCCCCAUAGCACAACUGCGCAAUGAUCUCCGACAUCGACUUGCAGGCUACAAGCUGCCAACCGUAUUACGCAUUAUCAAAGAUGAGCUCCCAAAGUCUCCAACCGGGAAAGUAGUGAAAAAGACACUGUCGCCACAGUACUUUCCAGGCAACUACCGCGACAUUCCUGAGGUCCAGCUGUGGAGUCCUGGAAUCAAGUUGAAAUUGUGA